UCCAUCUGGGCCCAGAUGAACUACACGCCGCCGCGCGGGCCCUGCAACCACAAGGACUCGCUGCUGUCGCCCAAGUGUCCCUGCUUGCGCUUCAUGCUGCACCCGCUGAAGAUUUCCUCGUCCUUUGAAUGCGACGGCUGCACCCACCACGCCUCCUUCCACAGCAUGGCCAGCCCAGCCGACGACGCCGUGCUCGCGCGCUGGGCCUCUGACAACGCCACCAGCAACAGCAAC